AAUGCAGGUCGUGACUCGACGACCUGCGGCGGCCAAAAUGGUAGGGGCUGGCCGUGACCGUGUCGCGACGCGUCGGCGCCAUGCUGCUCUCGUACUCGACUGGCUGGGACGGAGAACAGAGAACUCUAUUGACAGUUUUAGGCAAGGCGUUGCUGUGGACGGCGGGCUGGACACAACAAUAACGCAUGAUUGGUGAAGACCGUGUGAUGCCGCCCUGCCGUACCAGCAUGAGAACGAUAUUAUGGGGCGAGAGGUCAGCAGAUAACCGAUCACGGAUUUCUUACCACACGGGAUUUCUUACCAACUUGCUUUUGCCCAAUGCUGCCCAACCGCUUUUGUCUGAGCGAUGGUCGCGGUGUCGUGGCUUCUUUC